AUGGUGACCAAGGCCUACGUGUCAGGCAGCCGGAAGUGCAUCGUCUUACCAGGAAACAUCACCGACGACUUCAAUACCACCAUGAAUGACAUACUGGCCAGGAAGAAACAGAGGCUGAACGAGACUGUUGAAAUCGGCCAAUUUGCAAUGACAUCUGACAUUGCGAUGACAACUUCAGAGAGAGAAGCCUUUCAGUCUGCCAGUCCUUAUCUUGCCAGAAAAUGUCUGAAAAUGGAUGUCCUCAAUGCAACAGUACCUGCGACUGAUAUGACAGACACGCUUGAUAAGUUUCCAUUAACAAUUCUUACGGUUAGAGGAAGCGUCACCAUCUACGUCAGCUCCACAUUGAAUGCGUUGUCAUGAGAAUGACAGGUGGUUAUAUUU